CCCCCACGACGCCUGGCUCGUUUUCCGCUCCGGGACUCCGGGCGCCGUGCGGGAGCCGCCCCUGCGCCCUCUGCCCGGCCCGGGCCCCGAGUCGGGGGCGAGAUGGCCCUGCGGCCCCCGCUGCGGGGCGCCAAGCCCAGCCGGCCCCCCCACUACUACGAGGGCUUCCUGGAGAAGAAGGGGCCCCAGGACAAGGGGUAUAAGAAGUAUUGGACAGGCCUACGGGGGCUCAUGCUGUAUUUCUACAACACCAGCCGAGAUGUGCAGUACGUGGAGAAGAUCAACCUGGACAACUUCGUGUCCCUGACCGAUAGCUACCUUCGGAGCUUCCCCCAGGCCAGCGACGAGGGGGUGGGGCUCAGCCUGAAGCUGAGGGGGCAGGAAGUGAAGUUAAAGGCCGAGAGCCUGGAGGCUCGGGAGUUGUGGAAGGGUUUCAUCAUCACCAUGGUGGAGAUGCAAGUCCCCUCCAACCUGAUGUUGCUGCCCGGCCACAUCUACAUGAUGUCCGAAGCCCUCUCCAAAGAGCAGGAGCGACGGGCCCAGCUGAGCCAGCGCCGCACCACGAGCUCCCUCCACUACGAGUUGGUGGAGGAGGAGAUGCCGGCCUGCUAUUUCAAGGUCUCCAGGACAGAGGCCCAGGUCCUGCUGGAUAGGAACCCGGACUGUGGCAACCUGCUGCUACGGCCGGGGGGCGACGGGAAGAGCAUCUCGGUGACCACGCGUCAGAUGCUGAACGGCACCCCAGUUGUGAAGCACUACAGAGUGAGCCGCGUGGGACAGCAAUAUGUUAUCGACAUUGAGCAGCCGCACCACUGCUCCUCCCUGGCCGACGUGGUGGAGUACUUUGUCUCCAACACCAAGAAGACCCUGGUGCCCUUGAGCCUGGAUGAGGAUUACGCAGAGAAGUUAGAGUUUGUGGAGACCAAUAAGGAGAAUGGAGAGAGCGUCUGGGAAGCAUCCAUGCCCCCCUGCCCAAAGCCCCCCAAAGCCGGUGCCAAAGUGGAGGCAAUGAUUCCACCCACCUCCAGACAAAGUCCUCUGUCGAAGCCCCUUCCCACCCCCCCAGCGUUCGAGGAGGAUGAAGAACAGACCUACGUGAAUGAUGAAGAUGUGGCAGCCAUCACGGGAACAAAGCCAAAGCCAGCCUGCUCCACAGUGGGUGCCGUGAAGGUGAUUUGGGAAAGGGACGGCCAGACCAAGGCGCAGCCUGUACCAACCGGCAAGCCAGCCGCUAAAGGCCAGUGUAUGAAGACAUCCAACAGUGCCCUCAUCCUACGGCAACACGGUGGCAGCUCCUCCUGCCAGGCUACGUCAUGGGUCGGAGACCUCCCCGCAGACAUAUCAGAGGAGCUGGCGCGGAAGCUACGGGAACGAAGAGCCAACCUAGAGAACUGACCCGCUGCCCUGCACGGAUGGCCUGGCGGGCGAGGAGGGUUCUGCUGGGAACACAGGGUUCCAAUCCUCUCGGGGAACAAAACCUUGGCCCCAAACCUCUCCUGACCCUUGUGCAGCGUUGAUCACGUACCCAGGGCCCGGCCCUUCUUCUCUGGCCCUUUCCCAGGACUGUGAGACACUGGUUUGUGGGGCUCCCAGCACCCUUUGCCCAACUGCUGCCUGACCCAGUGCAGCACCCCCCCCGGCUGAGAUAGCCUUAGCUCUGGUCCCUUCAGUGGUUUUUCUAGGGGCAAGGCUGCCACUUCGCGCUGGGCCCUGGCUGUUCCCUUUCUGUGGCUCAGAGUGGCUGCCCCUAAGCCCAGUGGGAUGUGAUCUGUGGGUGCCACAUGCCUGGACAAGCAGCAAGUGCCAAAGGGAGGGAACGAUGCCCCAUGGGUGGAUCUGGGUGCAGCCGUGUGUCCUUGCCACCAGAGAGGAAGCUAAUCCAGAUCCCGGCAGGCUGCGACUGGCCCUGCUGCAGAGCAAGGGGGUCUCUGCGGGUAACACCAGAGCAGGGAGGGAGCCUCGGGUUGUGUGCUGUUCUUGGACUCGAUUGCCUAGACCAGGCCCUUUGCCUGCUGCGGAUCAGGCUUAAGAGGCAGGGGAGAUGGGUGUUGCCUUCCUAUGCCCAGUCUGCUUUGGGGUGUUUCACAGUGCGGGGUAAACCAAAGGCAGAGCUGAGGGGCACACCGGUGCCUGGAAUGCCAGUGGGGCUGGAAGCUAGAAUUGAGGGGCAGUGGCAGGGCUGGCCAGGGGGCAUCCCAGGGCUAGAAUAGCAGGGGGGCUGCAGGUUAGGGUUGGGGGGCAUCAGCAAAGCUGUAUGUAGGGGGAGCCCAGGGCAGUCCUGAAGUGGGGUGCAUUGACAGAGGUGGGCCUCGGGACAGCCCCUUGGCUGGAUCUGAGGGCCCUGGCCGAGCUGGGAGUGGGGCCCAGGGCUGGUACAGCAGAGAGCUCCAGUUUGGAACUGGGUGUGCUGGCAGGGUGGUGUGCGGGAAGGUCUCAUGGCCCCUGCCAACACUACCUAGGACUCUAUCCAGGGAGCUCCUCAGUCCCUCCCCCAUGUCUACACUCAUCAAUCAGAACAGCCAGACUGGGUCAGACCAAUGGUCCAUCUAGCCCAGUGUCCUCUCUGCCAACAGGGGCCAGUGCCUGAUGCUUCAGAGGGAAUGAACAGAACAGGGUUGUUAUUGAGUGAUCCAGUCCCAGCUCUGGCAGUCAGAGGCUACAGCCACCCAGAUUAUGGCAUUGCAUCCUUGACCAUCUUGGCUAAUCACCAUUGAUGGGCCUGCUCUCCAUGAAUGGAUCUAAUUCCUUUUUGAACCCAGUUAUACUUUAACAUCCCCUGGCAAGGAGUUCCACAGGUUGACUGCAUGUUGUGCGAAG